AUGUCCAAGUUGUAUGAUGGUGAUGAACUUAUUGAUAUCCGCAAGUCAUACUGGAACACAGUUAAGAAAUUUGUGCAAAUCCUUGUGUCCUCGGUUGCCUUCAGACUAUUUGGAAUUUUCCUGAUCAUUCUGGAUGUAUUUCUUGUGGCUAUCGAUCUACAUGACGUUGAAAACAAAAUUUUUAUUCCUUUGGGAUAUCGUUACAUUUCCUUAGCCAUUGCUUUAUUUUUCCUUGUGGAUGUUCUUCUUAGAGUGUAUGUAGAAGGGAGACAGAGCUAUUUCUCUGACGUACUGAACACCCUAGACGCUGUGGUCAUUGGCGUGACUCUGCUCGUGGCUGUCGUCUACGUACUUUACGACAAACACUUUCUCACAGAUAUCCCAAGACUGGCAGUUUUACUUCGGCCCCUACGACUGCUCAUUUUGGUAAGAAUUUUGCAACUGGCUCAUCAAAAGAGACAACUUGAAAGGCUGACCAGGCAGCUGGUUUCGGGUAACAAGCGACGCUACAGGAAGGACGGCUUCGACCUAGACCUCACCUACGUCACUGAGCGUAUUAUUGCCAUGUCGUUUCCAUCAUCUGGAAGGGAGUCCUUCUAUAGAAAUCCAAUCAAGGAGGUUGCACGGUUCCUCGAUACCAAGCAUCCAAACCACUAUCAAGUCUACAAUCUAUGCAGUGAGAGAUCUUAUGACCCUAAGCGCUUCCACUACCGGGUCCGCAGAAUCAUGAUUGACGAUCACAACGUGCCCACUCUCGAGGAAAUGUUGUUGUUCUGCAAGGAAGUAAGUGACUGGAUGGCUCAAGAUCCUGAAAACGUUGUCGCGAUUCACUGUAAGGGAGGAAAAGGAAGAACUGGAACCAUGGUGUGUGCCUGCCUCAUUGCCAGUGAAAUAGUUUUAAAUGCAAGGGAAAGUCUGUACUUUUUUGGGGAGCGACGGACAGAUAAAAGCAACAGCUCUAAGUUUCAAGGAAUAGAGACCCCUUCUCAGAAUAGAUAUGUUAAAUAUUUUGAAAAACUGAAAAUUAACUACCAACUGACUCUCCCUCCAAAAAAAACACUGGUGAUAAAAAGAUUCGUUGUCUAUUCCAUUCACGGUGUUGGAAAAGGCAACGGAAGUGACCUAGAAGUACAAGUAAUAAUGUGGCAGGAGACGGUUUUUUCCUGUUUUAAUUCCAAGAAUUGUAUGAUAUUUCAUGAUGCUGAAACAGACAGAGCAAUAAUUAAUGUGCUCAACUGUCCAGCUCUAUAUGAUGACGUGAAAGUGAAAUUUCUCUCUGUGAAUCUUCCUAAAUACUAUGAUGACUGCCCCUUUUUCUUUUGGUUUCAUACAUCUUUUAUUCGAAAUUACAGGCUUUAUCUACCAAGAAACGAAUUGGAUAAUACCCAUAAAUCAAAAACAUGGAAAAUUUAUGGUCCAAAGUUUGCAGUAGAGGUGUAUUUUGAUGAGACAAACUCCACCAAGGUUGUCUAG